AAUUCUGCUUACGAUCGGAAUUUCCGUAUAGCGCUUACCCGACCAUAUAAAAGCUAUCGCUGGAUGCUUACGCCAAAUCCAACUGUCUGAAUACUUCCAUUACCCCAUCUUCAUUUCAUAUCGACAAGAUGUCGCAGACCAAGCCUGUCAUCGUUAUUGUCCCCGGUGGCUUCUGCAGUCCCGAAGUCUAUCAGCCCGUCGCCGAUAUUCUGGAGCAAGAUGGUUUCACCGUCACCAUCCCAAGAUUAACGGUCACUAAAAACCUCACUUCCAAAGAUCCUGCAAGCCCAGAGUUCAAAGACUUAGCCAACAAAGGCCUUCUAGAUGAUGUCAAGGAAAUCCACGACCGCCUAGCUUCGGAGUUUGACAAAAGAUCUGGAGUUGUCAUCUUUGGCCAUAGCUACGGAAGUCUCCCCGCAUUGCUCGCCAUCGAAGGGCACACGAUUGAGGAGCGCAAAGCAAAGGGUCUAUCAGGUGGUAUCAAAGGUUAUGUCGCAGUAGCUGGGUUCGCGUAUGCCCGGAGAGGGCGGAAUGCCAGAGGCGAUACGGAGCCAGCACCGCCAAUGUCAUAUUUCGAAUAUGAGGAUGGAGUCUUCCACAUGCAAGAAGACGCAAAGCCUCUCUUCUUCAGUGAUCUUGCCCCCGAAAAACAGGACGAAGCUUGGAAACUUGUUCUAGGAAGUCAGAGUCAGAAGAGUCUCGGCCACGUAUCCGAGUUUAUCAACUCUGACGUCACGAUUCCAAAGACAUAUGUCUUGUGCGAAAAGGAUCAAACUAUCCCUCCGGAACUCCAGGAGAUGCUCGUUCAGGCUGGAGGUUUUGACAAGGUUGAGAGGCUGCCUUCAGGCCAUUUCCCUUUUGUGAGCAUUCCUGAAGAGACGGCUAAGCUGUUUGCGCAAAUCGCUAUGCGAUGAAAUGAAUGUCAGGCAAUUCAAGAGUGAGAUAAGUACAGCGAAUACAUAAAUAGUAGAUAUCUAUGUAGAUAUAAAGAACCUACCUUGGUCGGCUUUGAAGGAACAGGGUAGCUAUUUGAGCGCGCAAAUAUCCCAUAGCGUGUCAGCUGUCUAAAGGUUAUUCUUAUGGCUUGUAAUUCCUCCUAUACUAUAUAUAUCCUGGUUUAACCCUGCCAAUCAGCAUUACCUUAUCG